GGGAACAUGAUGCGCCUGGUGGUGUGCGCAGAACCAUCCCUGGCAGGUGUUGGGGUUAUCAUAAACCCUCGACACUAACAGACUCCAGCUACUACAGCCAGGAUGAUGUUGCUGUGUUUGCUGUUCCUCGCCUGCGGAGUCUUCGCUGCUGUUGUGGUGGACCCUAAGGACUGCACCGCCUUCCCCUGUAUGAUAUUCAGUGAUGACUUCGAUUAUUUGGACCACGACGCCUGGGAGCAUGAGAUUACCAUGUCCGGUGGCGGGAAUUGGGAGUUCCAGGUUUACGUGAAUAACAGGAGCGUGAGUUACACCAGAGAUUCAACAUUGUUCAUUAAGCCGGGUCUCACAUCCGAGUGGAAAUCUGAAGAGUUCCUAACUAGUGGUGACCUCAAUCUGUGGGGAAUGAACGGACGGGGAGACGUGUGCACCGGCAACUCCUACUACGGGUGUAAACGGGUCGGCACCGCCACUAACAUCGUCAACCCCGUCACAAGCGCCAGGCUGAGGACCUUGUCUGACUUUGCCUUCAGGUACGGCUGCAUCGAGAUUCGAGCCAAGAUGCCUAGCGGGGACUGGUUGUGGCCAGCUAUGUGGUUGUUGCCUAAAAACUGGCCCUAUGGUCCAUGGCCAGCCAGUGGUGAGAUUGAUAUUGUCGAGUCUCACGGUAACAGUGACUAUGGCACUCUAGGAAACCAGUAUGGAAGUACAAAACUCAAUUGGGGACCUUAUUGGCAACAAAACAUGUACCAAAAGACUCAUGCUGAUUACCAAGCUCCCACUGGAUCCUAUGCUGACAAUUUCCACACAUGGAGAAUGAAUUGGACCAAGGACGACAUGAAGUUCUAUGUGGAUGACGAGCUCAAGUUGACAGUGGACCCCGGUACUAACUUCUGGGACUUUGGUGGUUUUGGCAACUCCUAUGAUAACCCCUGGGUUGCUGGUGGUAAGAUGGCUCCUUUUGACCAGAAGUUCUACAUUGUCUUGAACUUGGCUGUGGGCGGCACCAAUGGUUUCUUCCCAGAUGAUGUGCCGAGCAACCCACCCAAGCCCUGGAACAACGUCUCCCCUCAAGCCUUGCUCGACUUCUGGAAUGGACAUUCAUCUUGGUUGCCCACCUGGGAACAAGGUGAAGGACGCAUCAGUGAGAAGGCAGCUCUUCAAGUGGAUUACGUAAAGGUGUGGAAGAUGGAAAACAUCGACCAAUAACUUGUCUUCCCAAGGAACUAAUUUUGCAUUUCUGUUUACAUCUUACAGACUUUCAUGUGUUGCCCUGUGUAUAAUGGUAAAACAAAGGGAUACUUGUGUGUAGCAUUGUUUUACAAAAAAUAUUAACUUGUGCAUUGUCUAAAGUUCUAGUGUACAACAAAUAUUCACUUGUGUGCAGCCCUGUGAUUAAUGAUUUUAAUGUGUAUACUGGACAUGAAUUAUGCUUUAAAAGGAUUUUGUUCAUUGAUUUAUGAUACACAUGGGGUGUGGGCACUGCACAAAACUUUGCUUUCAUAAACCCUAGUGCUGCAGUCUUUAUUAAAUUGUCUAAUUAAUUAUG